UUCUCCCUCCAACUAAAGGAGAAAGGUGGAGGCUUGAAGGAGUAGAAAGAGUGGGGGGAGGGUAUCCGAGCCAGGGGCGAGUACUGGCGUCCGGGCCAGAGGUGAAAGAUUUGCCUCUUUCCCUACUCCCCAACCCCCAUUGGCAGCUGGCUGACUUAAGGCCAGGAAAACACAUGUUAAUUUUUCUGUUUGUUCUUAGUUGGAUUUGCGGGUUUCUCUUUAGAAGGGAAAAAUGCGGAGGAAGAUUCUGGACUCUUCACCCUUCCCCCCCUCCUCCCCUCCCCCCAACGCCGGACUCGGAGAUCCGAGAGUAAUUCAUACAAAAAGACUUGCCUCCGCCUGGGAGGGAGUGGAGGGGGCGGGCAGGUGGGAACUGUGAGGGGAGCCUAGGGAUCGUCGUAAAACUCUGACUGAGAACCGCUGACUCGUCCAGUCUGGGCUAGCCACCCACUCAGUGCAGAGAGCGGGGCGGGGCAAGGACGUAUGCGCGCGGCUUUCCGAGCGCCUUGUGGGGUGGGGCGCACAUUCUCCUCCGUCCCCGGGAGGGGGGGAGAUUGUGGGGGGAGGGGACAAAUGGGCACGUUGAACCCGAGCAAGCGGCUGAGGCGCGGGGGAAGCUGGGUAGCGGUGACGCACGGUUGGCUCCACCUCCUUUCCCGGAGGGAGGAGGGGGGGAGCACAGUAUAUAAGUAGCGCUGCCGCCCUAGACGUUCUUUUUCGCAACGGGUUUGCCGCCAGAACACAGGUGUUGUGAAAACCAUCGCUAAACCUCCACAAAAAUGGGCAAGGAAAAGACUCAUAUUAACAUCGUCGUCAUUGGACACGUAGACUCUGGCAAGUCCACUACUACUGGCCAUCUCAUUUACAAAUGUGGUGGAAUUGAUAAGAGGACCAUUGAGAAGUUUGAGAAGGAGGCUGCUGAGAUGGGAAAGGGCUCCUUCAAAUAUGCUUGGGUCUUGGAUAAGCUGAAGGCUGAACGUGAGCGUGGUAUCACUAUUGAUAUCUCCCUGUGGAAAUUUGAGACCAGCAAGUAUUAUGUGACCAUUAUUGAUGCUCCGGGACACAGAGACUUUAUCAAGAACAUGAUUACCGGCACAUCUCAGGCUGACUGUGCUGUCCUGAUUGUUGCUGCUGGUGUUGGUGAAUUUGAAGCUGGCAUCUCAAAGAAUGGGCAGACCCGUGAGCAUGCCCUUCUGGCCUACACACUAGGUGUGAAACAACUGAUUGUUGGCGUCAACAAAAUGGAUUCCACCGAGCCCCCCUACAGCCAGAAGAGAUAUGAGGAAAUUGUUAAGGAAGUCAGUACCUACAUUAAGAAAAUUGGCUACAACCCUGACACAGUAGCUUUUGUGCCAAUUUCAGGUUGGAAUGGUGACAACAUGCUGGAGCCAAGCUCCAAUAUGCCUUGGUUCAAGGGAUGGAAAGUCACCCGUAAGGAUGGCAAUGCUAAUGGAACAACACUGCUUGAAGCUUUGGAUUGCAUCCUGCCACCAACUCGUCCAACUGACAAGCCCCUUCGUUUACCCCUCCAAGAUGUCUACAAGAUUGGUGGUAUUGGUACAGUACCUGUUGGCCGUGUGGAAACUGGUGUUCUAAAACCAGGAAUGGUGGUCACCUUUGCUCCAGUCAAUGUUACAACUGAAGUAAAAUCUGUUGAAAUGCACCAUGAAGCUUUGAGUGAGGCUCUGCCUGGGGAUAAUGUUGGUUUCAAUGUCAAGAACGUGUCUGUCAAAGAUGUCCGCCGUGGUAAUGUUGCUGGUGAUAGCAAGAAUGACCCACCCAUGGAAGCAGCUGGCUUCACUGCACAGGUCAUUAUCCUGAACCAUCCAGGCCAAAUCAGUGCUGGCUAUGCACCUGUUCUGGAUUGUCACACUGCUCACAUUGCCUGCAAAUUUGCUGAACUGAAGGAGAAGAUUGAUCGUCGUUCUGGCAAGAAGCUGGAAGAUGGCCCUAAAUUCCUGAAAUCUGGUGAUGCUGCCAUCGUUGACAUGGUUCCAGGAAAACCCAUGUGUGUGGAGAGCUUCUCUGAUUAUCCUCCUCUGGGUCGUUUUGCUGUUCGUGAUAUGAGGCAGACCGUUGCAGUUGGUGUCAUCAAGGCAGUUGACAAGAAGGCUGCUGGAGCUGGCAAGGUCACAAAAUCUGCCCAGAAGGCCCAGAAGGCUAAAUGAAUAUUCUGUACAACACCUGCCACCCCAGUCUUAAUCAGUGGUGGAAGAACGGUCUCAGAACUGUUUGUCUCAAUUGGCCAUUUAAGUUUAAUAGUAAAAGACUGGUUAAUGAUUACAAUGCAUCGUAAAAGCUUCAGGAGGAAAGGAAUGUUUUUGUGGACCAUUUGUUUCGUGGCAGUUUUAAGUUAUUAGUUUAUAAAAUCAGUAAUUUUUAAAUGGAAACAACUUGACCAAAAAUCUGUCACAGAAUUUUGAGACCAUUAAAACAGUUUAAUGCGAAA